CUCCAAGUCCCUCCGCCGUCCGGUCCUCUGCCUUCCCCCCAUCGCUCCGAUCAACUGUCCUGGGAGUCUACUCGAUCCGUUGACUCCUAUCUUUGACCCCCUUGCCGGCUUUUAUUUUCCGACUCUCUGAAGUGGGUUUUCUGCCAAGUGGCAGACCGUCAAAAUGGCGAUGCAGCUUGAUCUUUCUCAAGCUUCUGUAAUGAAGGAUGAACAGGGCCGGCCAUUCAUCGUCGUUAGGGAUCAAGGAAAGAAGAAGAGACAGCAUGGCACGGAUGCGGUGAAGUCACACAUUGUUGCCGCUAAGACGGUCGCCAGCAUCGUCAAGACCUCCCUGGGUCCCCGUGGUCUCGACAAGAUUCUGAUCUCCCCUGACGGAGAUAUUACCGUUACGAACGAUGGUGCCACUAUUCUCGGCCAGAUGGAAAUCACGAACAACGUCGCCAAGCUUCUUGUUGAGCUGUCGAAGUCUCAAGAUGAGGAAAUCGGUGAUGGAACGACAGGUGUCGUUGUGUUGGCUGCGGCUAUGCUAGAACAGGCGGCCGAGCUCAUCGACAAGGGCAUCCACCCUAUUCGGAUCGCAGACGGCUACGACCAGGCUUGCGAAAUCGCCAUUGCGGAACUCGACAAGAUCAGUGAUGUGAUCCCCUUCACCAAGGAGGACACUUCGAACCUGCUCAAGGUUGCCAAGACCAGUCUGGGUAGCAAGAUUGUUUCCAAGUCUCACGACCAGUUUGCGAAUAUCGCUAUCGAUGCAGUUCUCUCCGUGGCCGACCUCGAGCGCAAGGACGUCGAUUUCGAGCUGAUCAAGGUUGACGGCAAGGUUGGAGGUGCCCUCGAGGACUCCCUACUCGUGAAGGGUGUCAUUGUCGACAAAGAUUUCUCCCACCCCCAGAUGCCCGACGAGGUUCGGGAUGCCAAAUUGGCUAUCCUGACCUGCCCGUUCGAGCCCCCGAAGCCCAAGACCAAGCACAAGCUCGACAUCACGUCAGUUGAGGAGUUCAAGAAGUUGCAAGAGUAUGAGCGGGAGAAGUUCACAGAGAUGAUCCAGAAGCUGAAGGACUCUGGCGCCAACCUGGUCAUCUGCCAGUGGGGUUUCGACGAUGAGGCCAACCACCUUCUGCUCCAGAACAAGCUCCCCGCCGUUCGCUGGGUCGGCGGCCCUGAGAUCGAACUGAUUGCCAUCGCGACCAACGGUCGUAUCGUUCCUCGUUUCGAGGAUCUGAGCUCGGAGAAACUCGGAACCGCAGGCCGUGUUCGUGAGAUGACCUUCGGUACCACUCGGGAGAAGAUGCUCGUCAUUGAAGAUUGCGCCAACAGCCGUGCUGUGACGGUGUUCGUUCGUGGAAGCAACAAGAUGAUCAUUGAUGAGGCCAAGCGUUCGCUCCACGAUGCUCUCUGCGUCGUGCGUAACUUGGUCCGUGACAACCGUGUUGUCUACGGUGGUGGUGCUGCUGAGAUUGCUUGCUCCAUCGCUGUUGAGGAUGCUGCUGUCAAGAGCCCCGGAAUUGAACAAUACGCCAUGCGCGCCUUCGCUGACGCCUUGGACGCCAUCCCGAUGGCCCUCGCUGAGAACUCUGGUCUCAGCCCUAUUGAGACCCUGGCUUCGAUCAAGUCUCGCCAGGUCAAGGAGAACAACACCCGCCUUGGUGUGGACUGCAUGAUGACCGGCAACAACGACAUGAGAGAGCACUUCGCCAUCGAUCCCCUGAUCGGAAAGAAACAGCAGCUGUUGCUUGCUACUCAGCUCUGCCGUAUGGUCCUUAAGAUCAACAAUGUCAUCAUUGCGGGCGACGAGGACCAGGAAUUCUAGAUUUCUUCUGUAUACAGGUUUUUUUGUUUCGAUGGCUAAAAGUGACACAAACACUGGCGUUGCAGUCAUGCGGAAUCGAUGAUACUACAUAUAGUUCUUGCAGGUAAUCAAUCAGUCUCGGUGGUGCUAUGGACGAUAAACAUAGCAGUUACAUAGAAUCAGUGAAAUGACAGAAAUGACAUUCAACC